UAAUUUUUAAUAAUUCCACUUGCUGGAAAAGUCAUCCACCUGCUUUUACAUCAUCAAACCCUUUUUGAGCUUUUCUCAUCUCUCUAUCUCCGAUGUUGAGAAGAAGACAAGAGUCAAACACACCAAGCGAUAUGAAGACGACAAUCGAAGCAUCCAUGGCCGUUUCUCUCUCUUCCUCCAAACCUUAAUUUCAAUUUCUCUCCUUAUCCCUUUUUUCAUAUCGAAACAUGGAUCUCUCCGACGGCGCCGCCGCUAGAGGAGGGAAUUCUCGGCAGCUAGUUGAUCCUUCUCUCUCAAUCGUUCCCAGAUCUACUUCUCUAGAAGACGACACACUCGCUACAACCUCAUCUCCGGCGGUAACGACGACGGUGACUACGAAACGGUCGACGAAAGACCGUCACACGAAAGUCGACGGAAGAGGACGGCGAAUUAGGAUGCCGGCUCUUUGCGCCGCUAGGGUUUUUCAGUUAACGAGAGAGCUUGGUCAUAAAUCCGAUGGAGAAACCAUCGAGUGGCUUCUUCAACAAGCUGAACCGGCGAUUGUAGCUGCUACCGGAACCGGAACCAUACCGGCGAAUUUCUCAUCUCUUAGCGUCUCUCUACGAAGCAGCGGAUCGACUCUCUCUGCUCCGCCGUCUAAGGCGGUGCCUCUCUACGGCGCUCUCGGACUUAGCCACCACCACCAUCAGUACGAGGAACAAGGAGGAGCAUUUGGGGCUCACACACCGCCGCUUCUAGGGUUUCAUCACCAUCUUCAACAGCACCAACACCAUCAGAAUCAGAAUCAGAGGUUAGAUCAAGCUCAAGAGGAAACAAUUCAAGGAACCGACGGUGAGAAUUUCUCGAGAAAACGGUAUAGAUCAGAAAAGGAAAACGAUGAUCGGAAACAGAACGAGAACAAAUCCUUGAAAGAAUCCGAAUCUCCGGCUUCUGCUGCGGCGGCGGCGCCGAUGUGGGCGGUUGCUCCGACGAGUAGAGCCACCGGUGGUAACACCUUUUGGAUGCUUCCGGUACCGACAACCGCCGGGAAUCAACCGGCAGCUAUGGAGAGCAGCAGCAACACCAACCGUGCACAUAUGUGGCCGUUUGUAAACUCUGCCGGAGCUGUAGCCGGAGCCGGAGCUGCGACUCAUUUUAUGGCCGGAACUGGGUUUAGUUUUCCGAUGGACCAGUACAGAGGAAGUCCACUUCAGUUAGGUUCCUUCUUAGCUCAGCCGCAGCAAGCUAUGCCGGACUCGAAUCUUGGGAUGUUGGCCGCUUUAAACGCGGCUUAUCCGAGAGGUGGAAACGCGAACGCAAACCCAAACGCGGAACAGGUAAACAAUGCGGUGGAACAUCAAGAGAAGCAGCAGCAACCGCAACAGAGCGAUCCGGAUGAUGAUAGUAGAGAUGGGAACUCUAAUAGCGAUUGAGCGAUGUUAAAACUGUAAUGUUAUGGAAGCGUUGCGUUUAAUUUGGUGAGAAUUAAUUAUUUAGCGUUUGUAGCGGUUUGGUUGAUUGUUUGUUGUGAGAUUUGUCUGUUUUGUAUUGUAGGCGUUAGUGUGUGAGGGAAUUGUUAGGUUUGGGUCCAAAUGGACUUUGUGGGAAGAGAAUGUUUUCAUUGUAUAGGAGGAAUUAUAGGACCCGUGAUUUCUUUUCUAUUUUCUAUUUUUCAUUUUUAAAUUUUUCAUUGUUGGUUUUCUUAUAUUUUUGUAGGACUUAUUUUGCAAACAUUAAAACAAGAAGAUUUCCGCCAUAUU